AUGGCGGAGAAGUCGGCCUCUCUCAGUCGCAGAAUGAAGAAACACCUGAAAUUGGCUCGCGUAAGCCGAAUCAACAAGCUUCAUCAAGUGUGGGAAAACAACCUGUUAGAGUUCUCGAGUCUAGACAGCAACGGCGCUAGGAGGCCCACGUGGUGCGUGCGUGUGCUCGCGCUGGGCGCCUUGGCCGUGAUCAUGGCGGCUGCCAUCGUGGCUCUGGUGAUGGCGCCGCCUCCGAAACCACUGGAAGACGACCGCUAUCUGGCUCGGCAGCACGCGGCGCCGCUCAGCGCGCUCGAGGAAAAUCACUUCGCGCGCCUCUCACGCUCGCUGAACCGCAUGGCGGACCCGUGCCAGGACUUUUACGCUUACGUGUGCGCCAACUGGGAGCCGCCGAGGGACGUCUUUGUUGCGCCCUGGAAGCGUUCCCCUCUACCCGGCUGGGAAUGGACGAACGCCGCGAGUGGACCUGCCGGCGAUUCGGCCAGCGUGCGGCGCGUGUCGGCGGCGCUGACCAAGUGCUGGCGCGUGUACACCGACCGCCACGAGACGCAGCCCGAGCUGGUGCGGGCGCUGCGCUCGCUCGGAGUGCCCAUCAACCCGCGCCGCUGGGAGAUCCUCGACCGGCCGCUGGACGUGCUCGUGCGGCUGAGCCUGCGAGCCGCGCUUCCCGUCACGCUGCUCGCCGAGCCCACGGCUGACUUGCGCGCGCCGGGCCAGAUGAUAGUGCUGCUCGCCAAGGGGCGCAUCUACCAGCAGUGGGCCGAGGCGCGCCUUGCGGAAGAACCCAAGGCACUCCACGCUGCCGCCGAGCUUAUCGGCGGCGCACGGUUCGCGCGCGACGUCGUCAACGUCGAAUCGGUCGUGUCCCGCUGGGCGGACACGUUCGCGACCAACUUCGCCGGUUCGGAGCCCGAGUACCUCACGGUGCGGUCGCUGGCGCUUCGCACGCCGGGCAUCAGCGUCAACGACUGGCUCCGAGCAAUCAACCAGAGCCCUCCCGUGUACGUUAACGCCGUGGACGACGUCUACGUCUUCGACCAGUACGGCGUGCAACUGACGCAGCGCAUAGACGCCGAGUUUGGGGGCGCUCGGCGACGUGAGGUGAUCCGCUGGAUCGCCGCCCUCGUGUUCCACUACUUGGCUCCCGCGACCUCGUUCAACCUGAUGCUACGGUUCAACCGGCCUCCGCAGCGCAGUUGCUACGAGUACGCUCUCACGCUGGCGCCCUACGCGCUCGUGACGCAAGCCGCGCGCCGCCGGGUGUGGCCCGAAGAGGCGAGAGCCGCGCGCACCGUCUACGAGAGGGUGCGCGACGUGGUAAGGUCCUCGCUGGCCGACUGGAUGGCGUCGCGAGUCUCGCGCAACGAAGCGGAGACGCGUGUGAACGCCCUGAACGUGGUGAUGGGCGUGCCGGAGCACUUGAGCACGGCGGCAGGACUCGAUGCCGAGUACGACUACUUGGAGGGCUUCCACGGUGUAUUCAUCAGGGACCUGCUUAGGUCUCUCAAGGCCAAGGCUAGGCGCGCGGCUCGCCUAUUCAAUGCCAGCCUGUCGACGCCCGUAGCGAACCUUAGGACCGCCAUGUACUCUGGGGCGCCGCACCCCAGCAUCGGCGACGAGCCAUUUUUCGUUCCCUACUACCACGUGAUCGUCGUGCCACCCCGGUUCCUGGCGCCGCCCUUCGUCCUGAUCAACUCGAGCGCGGCCUCGUACGGAGGGUUCGGUCACGUGGUUGGUGCCGCCAUGCUCGAGGCGUUCGACUCUCGCGGUUUACUGCUCAGCCACCAGGGAAUCCGCGCCGAUUGGCUCGACUCCACCACCAGGGACAAGUGGACGAGCAAGAGGAAGUGCCUGCUCACAAGGUACGCAACCGGUGCGGCGCCGUUCGACUCCGACUACAGCCGCAACACUCUGGACGAAAACUACGCCGACGUUGCCGGCUACGAGGCAGCGCUACGGGCACUCCGUAGCGACCCCAGCUACAGGCAGCACGAAGAGUCGCCCGUAGCCGAGCUGAACAACGAGCAGCUCUUCUACGUGAGCCUGUGCUACAAGUGGUGCAGCCGCGGUCGUCCGCCGCUACAGCAUGCCGCCAACGAGACGUGGCGGACGCGGCCCGACCACAAGUGCAACAUCGCGCUGCCCACUGUGGCGGGAUUCGCCGACGCCUUCGG